AUGUUUUGGCUUUUGCAUUUCCAGCCAUCUGUCAAAAUCUGAAGUAAUAAUUGACGAGUCAAGUUAUGCAAUACUUGUGACAUAGAUCUAUUCUGUUAACCAAGAAAUGUGGUUAAGAAUGGCAAAUGAACAACGUUUGUAUGAUUUGUCAGAUCGACUCAUUCGAGCUAUUAGUAAUUGGCAGACAUUUUCUGGUGAUGAUGACGAUGUAGAACAGCUGAUUGAAAGAGGAGCAGAUGUAAACAGACUUCAUGGCACUCUACUACCCCUACAUUGUGCAUGUAUGGUCAGUGACAGUUGCGUGUUGAGGCUGCUGUUAAGGAAGGGUGCUAAGGUGAACGAGUAUGAUGGAUACGAGAGGACAGCUCUUCAUUAUGCUGCUGAGAGAGACAUUUUCUGUGUAGAAAUGCUGCUAGAAAACGGCGCCAACAUCAAUAUAGGCGAUGGAAAUUAUGACACUCCGCUACACUGGGCCACUUUCAAAAAUAAUAUACAGUGUGUGAAACUAUUACUUCAAAGAGGGGCCAAAGUAGAUCCUCUAGAUUUUAACAAUGAUACUCCGCUGGCGUGGGCUGCUCGGAAAGGACAUACAGAGAUUAUAGAAAUCCUUCUAGACUAUAAUGCUGAUGGUCAUAUCGUUAACAACAAAGAAGUAAGGCCUGUUGAAAAGGCAGUUCAAGUCCAAACCAGUGGUCUCAAUACUGAAAAUGAUAACAGAAGUUUGGACCUUUUAUUAAAGGCGACAUGUAAAAUGACGGUUACAGAAUCUCAGAGACAGACUAUUAAAGAGGAUAAUCGGCUUGGAGAAUUGUUGGCAGCUAGGUUGGAAAGGCCGUGUUCGUUGCAGGGGCAGUGCCGUUAUUCUAUACGCAGGUCGCUAGGAUACCGUUACCUGCCCAAUGUUAUACCAAAACUACCUGUACCAACAAGAUUACGUGAUUAUAUUGCUUUGAAAUGUUGACAGUAUUAUAGACACCUUAAGAGAUAUGAUGCCUGAUAAAAGGGAUGGAAUUGGUGGCAAAUGGACUUGAAUGAAAUUGUAGACCUGGGAAUUGGAUCUCAAAUUUAAAGCAACUCCAUAGUUUGCAGUUUAAUAAAAAUGUUUAUCUAAGGAGAGAAAUGUAAAAAUAAUUGUAAACCUUUAUCAAAAUUCUUGAAAAAAUGUUAGUUUUGCAUUUAUUUUGAUUUGAAAUGGUCCCUGAUUAAGAAAGGCAGAUUUUUGAACACUGGUUAUUUUUUGCAGCAUUUUUUUUGGCUCUUUGAUAGAAAAUGGCCAUGUAUGUGCUGAGAAAGUUCACUGUAUGAGUGUUGAUAAGUACCUGUGUGUAAAUAAUGUGGUAUUUCACUAAUUACUAAGUGGGUCCGUGUUGGGGUUUUUGGUUUUUGUUUGGUUUAAUGUCACAUUGACACGAUUUCAGGUUGAAUGAUGACUAUCCAGUAUUUGUUGAUUGUGGAACACCCAAGGUGCCCCUCAGAGAGUUAUUUCAGGCAUGAGCAGGUACCUAGGUAGAACCAUGGACCUUCAAUAAGACAGCUGAAUGGCUUCCACACAUGAAAGAAUUCUUUAGCAAAAUCUAGGUUUCAAACUUACAGCAGUAAGAGGCAAGCCAUGACCGUAACUACACGGCGUUAGAGGCCCCUUGCAAGAAAGUUACUGAUACAAGUAUUUGAUCAGUGUUUUGAGUGUUGCAUCUACUUUGGAGGGGGCCUUCACGGCAGAGUGGUUAAGGUCGCUGACUAAAUCAUUUCCCCCUCACUGAUCUGGGUUCGUGCCUCACUCGGGGCAUUGAAAUCUUCAUGUGAGGAAGCCAUCCAACUGGCUAAAUGAUGGUUGGUGGUUCUACCCAGGUGCCUGCCUGUGAUGAAAAAAUGCAAAGAAGGCAGCUGGGGAUCUUCCUCCACCGUCAAAGCUGGAAAGUCGCCAUAUGACUGUGUUGGUGCGAUGUUAAACCAAACAAAAAAUCUACUUUGGAACAUCAUGCAUUAUUUUAAUUUUAUUGAUAUUUUCCAUUUGCAAGUACAUCACAAAUAUUUCCACAUUGCAAAAUUAACCUGUUAUAAAUACGGUAAUUGAUUAACUACCAUGAUAUGGUCAUUCUGAGUUUCCAUACUUCAGAUUUGUUGUUCUUUUACCAGAAUCUUGUUUAGUUUAGUCUGAAAGCUUGGCUUUUCCAGAUUUAUGCUAAACUAAUUUAGAAAAGGUUUUCUUUGAAACUUAAUUGGUAAUGCACUAGAAAGAAAUUUUAUAGCGAUUCCAUGUUUUAUAGGAACUUAUUAUCUACAUGAAUUCCCCUUUAGUCAGUAAAGUGCGAAGAAAAAACUCAAAAUUGUUAGUAAAGCUGUCGAAAUUUUGUGACCUAGGGCCAUCUUGGCCCUCUUAUUAGAUGAUAGUAUGUUUAGCUGCAUAUAGCUGGUAAGGUUUGAUUGUUUAGGGGGAAAAAACAACAGAUCUACAGAUAGAAUUAAUUCAGAACAUAACUCAUUGAAAAAGCUUUACACUUGUUCAGAAAAAAUCCUUACAAAUGAAGAUUUUGAAUGAAUACUAAUUUUGUUUUCCUAUUGUGGGUCUAUGGGAAAAGUACAAAAUUUUGAUGACAUUUUUCAUGUAUUAAAAAUAUCCUUUCAGUGUGGAUAUGAAGAUAAAUUUUGUCACUUCCAGUCACAGGAUCCAGUAAAAUAUGAAUGACUGUGUAUUUGAUAUCCUGUAAAUUUUGAUAUACUAGUUCAUGUUUUAAAAGAGCGGUGUCAGAGUUAGAACUUGAUUUUGUAAUAUUUAUUUGACUUAAUUUUUAAAAGCAUUAUAUUUCAUUGUAAGAAAAAUAGUAUUAUUGCAAGUGUAUUAUUUUUGGAUGUCAGUAGGUUAAAGGUAAAGGUCACAAUGACUAAGAGACUGAAUUAAUAUCCAGUAAAUAACUGGAAUGCACAAGGUUACCGACAAUUUAAUUAAACAGCAACCUUGUUCAGAUAGCAUUAUGUUUAAUGGAAUCAGAAUAGUUUCAGUUAAUUGUGUCGUAGAUAUAUUAUUUUAUCAGCAGCUUUAACUAUAACAUGAUUGUGUAUGGUCAGUAGAUGAUCUCUGUUGUUUUGGAGGUUAACUGUCAAGAUCAUUGUGACCUUGAGACUAAAAUGGUUUAUGGUGUAUAGCUGAGAAACACUUAUGCCUAUUGUGAUCAAACAUGUAUACAUGGCUAUAGAUGGUCAGUUGAUAGUAGAUGACUCUUAUACUUUUGGGUCUAAGGUCAAGGAUACCGACCAUACCUAGGCAUACAUGUUUAACAAUCAGCUUGUGUUAUUUCUUUAAUUUGGUAAUUUGAAAAUUAUAUUUGUGAUUGUUUGAAAAGUUCCGAUCAAAUUAGUUAGAAACCAUAACAUUUUGUACUAAAAGAAAUUGUUGAUUUUACAGUGUUUUUAAUUAUACUUUGUUUCUUCCUUUGAUGUAUAUAGUAACUGUUAUAUUGUUGUUAAAUUUGUUAAGAGUACAAAAUCUUGAUUUUACAAUAAAAUGGAAGUGGUGUAAGUUA